AUGUGUAAUCUUUCAUCUUUAGAUAUAACAACACCUUCUAGUAGCUCUGCAUCAUCAGAAGAACAUCGAAAGCAACUCAACUAUGAUCGCCAGAAAUAUUUUAAAGACAAGAAUAAGAAAACUGCCUCAAACCUAUCUGUUAAUAUUUCUGAAGACCUUCAACUCUUACUUAGCGCCGAAGUUCCUACAGUUGAAACUGCCUCAAACCUAUCCGUUAAUGUUUCCGAAGACCUUCAACCCUUACUUAGCACCGAAGUCCCUAUAGUUGAAACUCCUGCUAUUGAUAGUGAUUCUGAUUCUGCACCAUCAGAAGAACAAUGA